AUGAAGCCAACCCCGGUGUUCUGGGCUUUUGCCAGCCUGCAGUCGCUGGUCACAGCCCUCUCCAUCGCCGAAAUCAAUGGCAACACCUUCCUCUCGCCGUUUUCGGGGCAAACAGUCACCAAUGUCACCGGUUUGUUGAUUGCCAAGGGACCCAAUGGCGUCUGGAUUCGGUCGACGACCCCCGACGACGAUGAGGCCACUUCGGAGGCCAUCUACGUGUUCAGCAGCAGUGUCGGAGCGAAUUUGACUGUGGGCGACAUCAUUUCCCUGGACGGCAAGGUUACCGAAUACCGGUCGAACGCAAACUAUAUCUACCUGACCGAGAUCGCCUCUCCAAAAAAUGUGAAGUUGGUGUCGUCCGGCAACGAAGUCAAGCCCCUCGUUAUUGGCAAAGACACACUCUCACCUCCUACGGUGCAGUACAGCGAGCUGGAUGGAGGCGACAUUUACAAUCUUCCUAACGGAGUCGCCAACAUAUCCGAGUUGAACCCUGUGCUAGAUCCGACCAAGUACGGUUUGGAUUUCUGGGAGAGCCUCAGCGGCGAACUAGUCACUGUCAAGGCACCGCGGGCUAUUAAGACGCCAAACAAGUACGGCGACACCUGGGUAGUUGGUGACUGGGAGAUUACGGGGGAGAAUGAGCACGGCGGCAUAACAAUGUCAGACAAGGACUCCAACCCCGAAGUUAUUACGAUUGGCUCGCCCCUCGAUGGCACCAAGAACCCUACCGACUCCAAGAUGGGCGAUCGAUUCGAGGAUAUCACGGGUGUUGUCCAGCAGACCUUUGGCUUCUACGCGAUCCUCCCCCUGACCGCCCUAAAGACCACUACCGCUGCCUCAGCCGCCGCCCCUCCCACUACGCUCGUCAGCCAGGGCAAAUGCAAAGCCCUCACAUUUGGCAGCUACAAUGUCGAGAACCUCGCCCCGACUUCCGCCCAUCUGCCCAAGGUUGCCGGCCACAUUGUCGAUUAUCUCAAGACGCCCGACCUAAUGUUCAUCCAAGAAGUCCAAGAUGACAGCGGGCCGACAGACGACGGCGUGGUUACAGCCAACGCCACCCUCACCGCCCUAGUAGGCGCCGUAAAGUCCCUCAGCAACGUCACGUAUGCCUUUGCUGAGGUCGAACCCGUCUCUAACGAGGACGGCGGCCAGCCGGGCGGCAACAUCCGCGUGGCGUACAUCUACCGCCCCGAGAUAGUGAGCCUGUACAAGCCCAACCAGGGCGGAGCCAAUGACGCAACUGAGGUGGUGGCGCAGGGCAAGGGCAAUAAUUCCCAAAGCGCGCCAGUGCUCUCGUUCAAUCCGGGCAGGAUUGACCCCGCCAACGCGGCGUGGAAGGCUAGCCGCAAGCCGCUGGCUGCUGCGUGGAUGGCCAAGGGAUCGAAGAAGCCGUUUUAUACAGUUAAUGUUCACUGGUCGAGCAAGGGUGGCGGCACCUCGCUUCAUGGAGAUCGGAGGCCGCCUAUCAACGGGGCGGUCGACGCGAGAAUGGCGCAAGCCAAUGUCACUGGUUCGUUCAUUGCAGAGAUCCUGGCCUUGGACCCCGCGGCAAAGGUGAUUGCUGCGGGCGACUUCAACGAGUUCGCCUUCGUGCAGCCGAUGAAGACAUUCUCAGCUAUCUCGGGGAUGGUGGACCUAGACGAGGCCGCCAAGCUCCCCAUUGAGGAGCGAUACACCUAUGCCUACGACAUGAACGCUCAAGCUCUUGACCACAUGUAUGUCAGCCCGGCCCUGGCACACAGCAAGACCACGCGCUUCGAACACAUCCACGUCAACUCGUGGGCAGCUUUUGAUGACGUGGUGUCGGACCACGAUGCUAGCAUUGCUUUGUUCAACUUUCUAAAACGUUUGGACGACGGUCGAAGUAAACCCCGUUACUCGCAAGACGUGAAUACUCGCCGAGCGAGAUAUACGCAGCAACGCAACACCCGGAGACGGCUGGGCUCUAGUCCUGGGUCACUUUGA